AUUUAUGAAUUUGAAAUAAUGAAGUCAACGGCUCAUAAGUUAUAUAUGUACAAAUUCACAUGGACAAAAUUGAAUUUUCAAUCCAAAUCAAUAGUUGCAGUGCGGUUGGAAUGGUGGCGGAAGAGUUUGCUUAAAUGGGAAGGUUGAGGAAAGAAAAGAGGAAGUAAUGAUGAAUCCUGAAAUUUGAACUGUUACAUUCUCAAAAUGUCAAACAGCUAUGUCUUUUUGGUCAACUUGAGGUUUUCCACAACUCCCAUGUCUCUGUCUCAACAUCUUGAUGCACAUGGUACUAAGUCCUCCUCAAAAACAACCCCACUAUUCACCCAUCCAAUGUUACCCUUUUCUUUUUUAAACAUUUGACUUUUGAGUUCCCAAGAAACUGAUUCAUCAAAAUCUCUCUCUCUAUCUCUCCUCGUGUUCUUGGAUCUUAUUAUUGCAAAGCUAACAUCAUCAUUCAAACUCAGUUAUUACUGUUCAUUUCAAUUCUCUAGUCUCUUCUUGUCCUUCCUCCUCUCAUGGCCACACUACAAAAUUUUACUUACACACCAGAAUCUCAGCCUCUUCCUCACCAAUCUUUGCCCACUGCUCAAACUCCUCCUCCACCUGUUUCAGACAAUGGAUUUCCAAUGCUAGCCAUUGCAAUACUAGGCAUCACUGCCACAGCUUUUCUCUUAGUCAGCUACUACAUUUUUGUCACCAAAUGCUGCUUCAGAUGGCAACAAAUCGACCCGUUGAGGCGAUUUUCCAUCAGGCGGACGCAGUUGAACGAAGAUCCGUUCACGUCAUACUCUCCCUCGUGGCAAAGCCGAGGCCUCAACGAGUUGCUAAUUCGGGAGAUUCCCACUUUCCAGUACAGCAAGCAUGGAGGAGAAUGCAGCAGCUUGUCUAGAUGCGUGGUCUGUUUGAGUGAGUUCCAAGAUUAUGAUAUGCUGAGAGUUCUGCCCAAGUGUAGCCACGCAUUCCAUUUAGACUGCAUUGACGUGUGGCUUCUGAGCAAUUCCAACUGCCCUUUGUGCAGAUCAACCAUUUCUGGCAGAAACCGGUAUCGGCUAGACAGAAUAGUUGCACCGAAUUCUUCCCCUCAAGAUCCAGAACCGUUGGUUGGCAGUAUUGUUGGAGGUGAUGAGGAUUUUGUGGUGAUCCAGCUGAGUCGGGACAAUGGGGCAGGUGUGUCGUCUAAUAGACAGCGCAGUGAUUCGAGCAGGUUCUUGGUGCAGCAGCCCAGAAGCCAUUCAUCAAGAAAGUUUGAGCAGAAGAAUAUUGGGAAGUCUAAAGCAAGGAAAUUUCAUCAUGUUUCAAUCAUGGGAGAUGAAGGUAUUGAUGUGAGAGAGAAAGAUGAUCAGUUUUCCAUCCAGCCCAUCAGGAGAUCUUUCUCCCUGGAUUCUGCAUCUGACCGCCGCAUUUACUUGUCGGUUCAAGAGAUUCUACAGGAGAAUAGGCAACUGAGUGAGGUGAGGAACACUGAAGAAAGCAGUAGCAGAAGCCGGAGAUCGAUUUUCUCGUUUGGACAUGGAAGAGGAUCAAGAAAUGCAGUUCUUCCUAUUGAGUCUUAGGCCACUGAAACACAAAAACAAAAGCCUACAUUUUUUCUGUUUUCUUUUCUUUAUUCCAGUAGGAUUGAAGCGUUUAAGAUUGUAAGAAACAGGAUUGCAGUUGCAGAUACUAGGACCAACAGUAUUAGCGUAUAAAGAGAUUUUGUCACAGGAAAACUGGGAACAGAAAUGUAUUCACAGCCCGGAGUGAUUGUUUCACCAUUAUAAAAAGAUAAGAUUUUAUCCUGCCCAGAAGCUCCAUAAUUCGUCAUGAAUGAAAAUAUUCUCUUCCAACUUAACAUUUACUGCUUUUCCUUAAAGUGCCCACAGUAACUGGAGUGAAAGCUUGAGAAAAUCUCAAGCAUGAUGAACUCUAUAUUCUUUAUUCCACUUGUUGUCUAAAAAAUACGACUCGACUGAAGCACAUGCGUUCGUCGAUCAUAAAUUACCAGUAUCUGUUAUAUGUGAAGUACAAACAGCAUGAACUAAGAAGGGCAUACAGAAUCAGUUUUAUGCUUCAGACUCAAACUUGUAAAAAAAGUACCCGAACUCUUUAAGUUAAUCAACAUUUCACUUGCCCAGAUGCUAUAUGGCUACAUCCCAACAUCGAUGCUGAGAUACAACAUAAAAAAUAGUGGAUCUGCAGAUUACUAGUAAAUGUCUAACUACUAUAAGCCAUAAAAAAGAACCCAGCACAUGUUCAUUAAAUGCUUCACAAGGUCUAACAGACAAUUAGUCCUCCAAUUUGCCUUUGACCAGUGAGUUGAGAAGUAAUAUAUUUGGUGUACACAUUAUCCUCCAUGUGUUGUAAAUCUUAAUUUAAUCAGCAAGGUUACUUUGACUAUCGUUUAUGGAAAAAUGCAAAGCUUGUGAAGAAUGCAGAAUAUUUUAAUUGUUAUCUAAUGGAAAGAGAGAUUCUUUAGCAUUCAGGUAACAGAGUAGUAUACGCCAAGAGACAGAUUGAUUACAACUGCCACAUCCCCAAGAUCUGAACAUGAAAUAACUAAGACCUUGCCUCUUUAAAACUUCUAUAGCACCUUAAAAGACUAGUUGAACAUAAAUCACCAAUAGAAUGGUAGAAAUAACAAUAAAUAGCUUUGACUUUUUUGAGGCAAAGGGUGGACUGGAACAGAAAUCCUUCUCCGUCGUAUAACAAAAGUUCGAUCCAUAAUGAUAAUGUUACCUUUCCAUAGCUGAAAUACCAGAGUGUGGAUU